AUGUUUGCAGCAUCACCGAACGCUGGAAAUCUUAUAGCUGUCUACGAAAAGUCUAAUCAAUCAGGCAUGAUAAGAGGCAUCUCGGAGAUGAUCAACCUCUUGUCGCCGAAAUCACUGGUGAUUCUGGUGCAGAAUGAAACGAAAAUCGAUCGGCUCGAUAAGUUAACCGUUCUCAUCCAUCGCCACAGCAUUCCGACCUGCGUUUACUAUGAUCUGGAGGGGUAUUUUAAUUUAAUCGAGGAAAAUCUUAAGCAAUCUCUUGAGACGACUUCACUCAUUUUUUGUCAUCCGGAGGACAUGCUACAGGACAUCAUCGGUAGACGGUUGGCUCAUCGGCUCAGUCUAUUCAUCUUCUACUGGGGUGCGUCACAGUUGCCGAAGCGACUGAAUAGUGCGUUGCUGAAGGAACCAUUCCGUGUGGCAGUGAUAACGAAUCCUCGACGAAACAUUUACCGUAUAUUUUACAAUCAAGCCAAGCCGAAUAAUCGUGGGGAAAUGUUGAGCUCCAACUGGUUCGAUGGAAACGAUAUGACAUUCAAACGCGUACCGUUGCUACCGUCUCCAACGGAAGUGUACAAAAAUUUCGAAGGACGCAUUUUUAGCAUCCCAGUGAUUCAUAAACCACCAUGGCACUUUGUGUUGUAUGGAAACACUAGUGAAAUGGUUGGUGAUGCGACCAACAGUUCCAAUUCCGAAGUAGGCUUCGAAAUGGACUUGGAACGAAACGUUACCGUGGAAAGCGACGAAGCCUACUUCACCGUGAAAGGUGGACGGGACCACAAUCUGAUGCAGCUCAUCGCAGAACGGAUGAAUUUUAGUUUCCAGUAUGUGGAACCACCGGAAAAAAUUCAAGGCAUUGCGCUUAGCGCUGAGGACAAUGCCAGUUUUUCUGGCGCAUUGGGGAUGUUGCAGAGGCGAGAAGUAGACCUGUACCUGGGCGACGCAGCCGUAACCUGGGAACGUAUGAAAGCGGUCGAGUACUCCUUUUUCACCCUCGCUGAUUCGGCCGCCUUUGUAACGCACGCUCCACGCAAACUAAACGAAGCGUUAGCUCUGGUGCACCCGUUUCAGUUGACCGUGUGGCCACCAGUUAUUAUUACUAUUUUCAUCUCUGGUCCGAUCUUGUUCCUUAUUAUUUCAACGCCGUUUCGCUGGAGGCGAAUAAACCAACCGAACAGUCGUAACGAUUUGUGGUUGCGAAAAAGAGCUCGGAAAGGCAAACCAGCUUUCUAUCAUCUACGAUACAUUGAGGAGAUGAAUUAUACCCGCUUUGCGACAAGGCGAAUCCAUUUAAUGGAAGAAAAACAAGAUUACCCUAGCCUAGAACGAUGUAUUUGGUAUACCAUCAACAUUUACCUUCGCCAAUCGGCAAACAUUCCGUUCGACGGCCACCUGGCAAGGUUCUUCUCAAUAUUGUUAUGGCUAUGCGCUACUUAUGUCCUCGGUGAUGUGUAUUCCGCUCAGCUUACAUCCCAGCUGGCACGCCCUGCACGCGAAAGUCCAAUCAAUACCCUUGGCCGCUUGGAACAUCGGAUGGCUGCGGAUGGUUAUCAGCUGCUUGUAGAGCGCCAAAGUGCUUUUCACGCAGCCUUGGUCAACUCGACUGGGAUCUUACAGCGUCUCUACCGUUUAACACGCCAAAGAUCGAUCAACGAUUCAUUUCUGGUGGGCUCAGUGGAGGAGGGCAUUCGGGUCCUGCAGGAUGAUCCAAAGUUUGCUGUCUUCGGGGGUCGUGAAACAUUGUAUUUCAACACGAAACGAUAUGGCGCCAAUCGGUUCCAGCUUAGCGAGAAGCUGUAUACGCGAUAUUCCGCCGUUGCCGUGCAGAUUGGAUGCCCGUUUCUGGAUAGUUUGAACGAUGUUAUCAUGCGAUUAUUCGAGGCAGGAAUCAUAGAGAAAAUAACCAUUGCAGAAUACGAGCGUAUGUUCGGUCGUCAAAGUGGUGGUGUUUCGCAUGCGGAGGAAACUGUCCGAUCAGCCAAAUCUACCAACUCCGAGUGCGAUGCGGAAGGCAUCGGUGGGAAACGCAAAUCGGAUUCUAAUGAAAAGUUGCAACCGAUGAACCUCCGCAUGCUGCAAGGUGCUUUUUUGGUUCUAGCAUGCGGUCACUCUUUGGGAGGAAUUUGCCUCUUCGUGGAACGGCAUCUCAUUUUUAUAACCCGAUGUGGAAUGACCCUCAGUAACAAGUGUGAUGAAGGAUAUCUGCCGUAA